AAAUCGCAAGGUUUAUAUUUAGUUAUUAUUUUCUAAAAGAUACUCGUUCUUGUAUCUUUUAUUUCGCUAGUUGCUAAUAUAUGUUUGAUAUAUUAGCAAACUUUUUCAUCGAACGAGGAGCGACAAGAUGUCGAGACAUCAAAUGUAGAUAGAGGCAUUUUUUAUAUUAAGUGUAGAACAGAGGCUCCGUUGUUCUCGUGUUUUCUAAACUCUGAGAUUAUUCGACGUUAGCUUGUCGGCGUACUUACAUAGUACCAGUUAGCGUUCACGUUAGACAGUGUUUGUUUUUUAUCGUGAACCGUGUUUUUUGUGACUCCUGCAUACUUUCAUUUAUAUUUUCUUUUAAUCUUAUUGCAGAUUAUAUUUCCAAUGAUAGUUUUUGUUAAUAUAAAAAUAAAAAAUAAUUAGAGUAUACGGAUGAUAAAAAUGUUAAUGUCAUAUUGGAGAAUAUUUCUAUUAAUCAAUGGAGCUUCUUUUCUCUUUGCAAAGUAUUCCAACAUAAGCGAAUUUCGAUCAAGCGAUACUUUCAAAAUUCGUACCACCGAUGAUAUCGAUUUAAUAUCGACAACUUGGAAUCAUGGCAAGGAAGAGAAUAAUAACAAUCAAUAUCUGCAUCAUAGUUUCGAGAGUAAUAGCAAAAUGAUCCGACGAAAAGCGGACUUGUUAUCACAUCUUUUAAAGAUCCAUAUAGAUCGCUUGAGAAACGAGACCGACGAGGUAGAACUCGUAUUCCUCGUGGAUGGAUCUGGCUCAAUUGGUCUAAACAAUUUUCGUAGCGAACUCAAUUUCGUAAAGAAACUUUUAUCGGAAUUUACGGUAGAGCCUUUAACCACCAGAGUUGCAAUCGUCACGUUUGGCGGAAGAAGAAACAUCAAUCGUAACGUUGAUCAAAUAUCCAAAACUGGAAGCGAUAAUCAUAAAUGUUAUUUACUUAACAGGCAACUUAACAACAUCAGUUAUACCGGUGGUGGAACGUAUACGCGUGGUGCACUUUUUGAAGCUCUCGCUAUUCUUGAGAAAGGUCGGGAAGCAGCAAAAAAGGUAAUAUUUCUGAUAACCGAUGGCUUCAGUAAUGGCGGAGAUCCACGUCCUGUUGCUGAUCUUUUGAAGAAUGCUGGCGUUAUGAUAUUUACCUUUGGGAUACGUACGGGCAAUGUAAAGGAACUUCACGAUAUCGCCAGUAAUCCUGGAUACACUCACAGUUAUUUUUUGGAUAGUUUCGCCGAAUUCGAAGCGUUGGCUCGUCGUGCUUUACAUCAUGAUUUGAAAACAGGAAAAUAUGUACCUGUGGCAGUUAGCAGUGAUUGCGAUAUUUUAUGUAUGAACAAUGAAAUGAACAAAGUUAGAGAGAAAAAUUGUUGCGAUGAUUUAGCGAUCUGUUCGUGCGGCAUAACAACCGGUCAUUACGCUUGUAUUUGUCCGGUAGGAUUUUUUGGCUCUGGUUUUAAAGGUUCUUGCCAACCAUGUCCAAAUGGGACGUACGCUUCCGGCUAUAUUUCUGGGGAUUCAACGUCUAUCUGUAUACCUUGUCCAGAUGUUAAUCACGUCACUUUGAAAGUACCUGCUACUACGGUGGAAGAUUGUGUUUGUGCUUUUGGCUUCACCACUGAUGGGAAAAAAUGUGAAGUUAUAACAUGCCCGAAAUUAAAAGUACCAGAAAAUGGAUAUCUGGUGAAAGCGAAUGCCUGUAGCAACGUGGUAAACGCUGCUUGUGGUAUAAGAUGUAGAAUUGGAUUUCAAUUGACCGGUGAUAGUAUUCGACUUUGUGAAAAAGACGGAACUUGGUCUGGUAAUGAACCACAAUGUUCACCACUGCGAGCACCGCUACAUGGAAGAGUUCGUUGUCAACACGACGAAGUUUAUCAGGAUCGAAUGAAGGAAGAUUUAACUUCGUAUCCGAUCGAUACGCGUUGCCAAUUUAGGUGCGAUGUCGGCUACCAAUUGCGAGGAAGUAAAGUUCGAAAUUGUUUGCCUGUUUCGCGUUGGGAUGGUCUGGAAACAACUUGCAAACCGAUUAAAUGUGAACCCCUAAAGCAAUUAGCAAAUGGUAUGAUCUUCCCUACGAACUGCACGGGUCCUGAAAAGUUAUCCUUCGCGAUGAACUGUACUAUUUUGUGCAAAGAAGGAUACAAGUUGGAAGGACCACGAAGUAGGUUCUGCGGUGGACGUGCAGGUGUUUGGUCACAACGUUGCAGCGUCAAUCGUUGCGUAGAUAGCACUCCACCAGUCAUUGCAUGUCCAUCUUCCAUAACCAUUGAGAGUUUGCCCAAUAAGAAUUAUGCCUAUGUUAACUGGGCUGUACCAGAAGCUACUGAUAACGACAGCGAUUCCGUUGUUGUGUGGAGCAAACCACACAUUGUUCUUCCACGGAAGAUGAAAAUUGGUACUCGUACUAUCGUUUAUGUAGCGCAAGAUGCCAGUAGGAAUAAAGCAAAAUGUAAAUUCCAGGUCAAAGUGAUCGAUAAGGAACCACCGAUGGUCGAAAAUUGUAUAGAUCCUCCAGUGAUAUUUUCUGAUCGUGAAAAUGGAGCAAUUAAUGUCACCUGGAACGAGCCAGGAUUUUACGACAAUUCGAAGCUACCGAUAAGAAUUGAGCAAAGUCAUCGACUAGAGGAUAACGUGUUUCCAAUUGGUAAAACACAAAUUAUAUAUAAUGCUACCGAUAUGUACGGAAAUAUUGCGAAUUGUAUAUUAAACAUCACUGUUAAAAAUGUAUGCAAGAAUGUUACAUUACCUUCAGACAAGCGCAUAAAUUGUUUAUACAAUUCGAAUCAAACGUCACAAUGCAUAACUACCUGCAAUGAAGGCUACGAAUUGGUGCAGGAGACAUCGUAUCUUGGCCCUGUGAAUGAGGAUAUGCCAUUUAAAUGUAACUCGGAAAAUGAAACUUCGAAUGAUUAUGUUAUAUCUGAUUGCUUGGAAUCCGAACAACUAAAAACUGUAUAUGUAGAAGGAAAUAUCGCUCUUGAAGGCGAUACUAAAUCGUUCUGUAAUAACUCAACAAAUCUUCGGGAAUUAACCGAUCGUAUUACUGAAGACUUAAGAUCGAAGCUAAUCGAUAUCUGCAAUAAUGACGUUGAAUGUAAUCUCGUGAGCUUUGAUCCUGAAUGCGAAGACGACUUUUUUACUUCGAAAAAUUUAUACUCAAGUUUGGUAAGAUUUCGAAGGGAUGAAAGAAAAGAUGAAGAUAAAAUUAAGAGGAAAAAAGAAAAGAUCGAAAUUAAGUUUAAAUUCAUUGGAAAGAUAAUUAAAGAAAAUCCAGACAAUCCAAAAAAAGCAUUGCAAAAGUUAAGAGAUAAGAUACAAAUGAUGACACAUUCUGGAGAACUGAAUCUACUAAAUAAUAAGACUAAUCAAGAGAUAGCUAAACUUGCACUUAAUUUGCACAUAGUAUUUGGAGAAAUACAAGAUUUUUGUGAGCCUGGCAGUAUACCUAGAAAGCAUACUUGCAUAAAAUGUCCUUUAGGUACUUUCCACGAUACUUCCGCACGACAAUGUCGACCAUGCCCUUUUGGAGAGUAUCAAGAUGUAAGCGGAUCCAUACAAUGCAAACAAUGUCCUGAACAUACUUACACUAGAAGGAUGCGUACAAAAUCAUUACAAGAGUGUAUAUCUGUUUGUCAGCCAGGAUAUUAUUCCAAACGUAGACAUCAUGGAUCUAUUAUAUCUGUAGAACCUUGUAUGUCUUGUACUUUUGGCUUUUACCAACCAAAAUAUGGUCAAAUAACAUGUUUACCAUGUCCGGCGAAUACAACUACUCAAAAUCGUGGUUCUAUAACUAUAAAUGAAUGCAUAAAUCUUGAUAUAACAAAAAAUGAUAUUUGUUAUACAAAACCUUGUUUGAACGAUGGUCAAUGUUUAGAAAAAGAAGAUGAAGAUUAUAUUUGUGAAUGUCGUGAUUAUUAUGUUGGCACACAAUGUGAAAUAUUUCAAAAUCCAUGUAAAUCUUCACCAUGCUUAAAUGAAGGAUUAUGCAUUGUACAUGAAGCUAAUAAAAACAUGCCAUAUUAUUGUUCUUGUAAAAGUGCUUAUACUGGACAAAAUUGUGAGGUUUAUAUCGAUGAAUGUACUCAUAAUCCUUGUCAAAAUGAUGGAAAGUGUGUUAGCACAGAGAAUGACUACGUAUGUAUAUGUAAAGAUGGUUUCGAAGGUGAUUUCUGUGAAACUUCUGUAAAUUAUUGUGAUCUAAUGCCUUGUGAAAAGGGAUCAACAUGUAACAUUGUGAAUCAAACAUGGUAUUGUUCUUGCAUAUCUGGCUUUUUAGGACGUCGUUGUAAUUUAUUACCAUGUGAUUGGCUUCCUUGUCAUGAAAAUUCUAUUUGUAUAAACAUCAUGGAAAAAAAUGCAACAAGAAAUAGUUACAGAUGCGAAUGUCCGAUUGGAUAUACUGGAAAAGAUUGCACAAAAAAGAUCGAUUACUGUAGUAGUUCACCUUGCAAAAAUGGUGGACAAUGUAAAAGUAUAUCUUUUAAUUAUACUUGUAUCUGUCCUCUAUCAUUUAUAGGAAAUAACUGUGAAAUUGAAUUGACAUCCGAUUAUAUCAUGCAUUUUGUGAGAUCCAGUACAACUAAUUAUGUGAUGAUGAAAGGUCCAAUAAAAAAUAUAUCACAGUUGACUAUUACUGUGUGGUUGCAAUCCAUGGACACUUUUAAUUAUGGUACUGUACUUUCAUAUGCUACACAUGAUGAAGAUAAUGCGCUUACAGUAACAGAUUAUAAUGGUUUUGUAUUAUAUAUCAAUGGGCAUGAAGUAGUAACCGACAUUAAAGUUAAUGAUGGUUAUUGGCAUUUUCUUUGUAUUACAUGGGAGAAUACUAAUGGAUCUUGGAAUAUUUUUCUUGAUGGAAUACUUAAAGAUUCUGGUACAAAUUUAGCAAAGGGUUUAACUAUUCCAGGUAAUGGAUCCUUCAUUAUUGGACAAGAACAAGAUCGAAUGGGUGGUGGUUUUUCUGAAUCAGAAUCAUUCGUGGGUAAUAUUACAUUAUUAGAUAUUUGGGAUUCGACUUUUACAAAUGAUUAUAUAAUGCACUUAUAUAGAACAUGUGAAAAAUACUAUGGCACUCUUUUUACAUGGUCUCACAUAUUGGAACAUAUGUAUGGAGAUAUUAUGAUCAUAAACAGCCAAUUUUGUCGUGGUUGCUCUCUACCAGUUGUACCAUUUAAAGGUAACGUAAAUACUACAGAAGAUUUAUUAGAAGCAACUUAUUAUUGUGAUACUGGAUAUGUGCUUAAAUUUGGUGGUAAAGAACAACAAGUACUAAGAAGGAAAUGUCUUAAAAAUGGUGAAUGGGAAGGAUCUGAUAUACCUAAAUGUCUUAAGGUAAAAUGCGGCUUUCCUGGAUAUUUUCCACGCGGUUAUAUAAGAGGCUGGUCAUAUUUUUUCGGAGAUGAAAUUUAUUAUUCUUGUAUCAGUGGCUAUGAACUCCAUGGAAGCGUACGUCGAAUAUGCAAAUCAAAUGGAAAAUGGAGUGGAUUACCACCUCUUUGUAUUGGAGUAACAUGUAAAAGUUUACUGGCACCAGAAAAUGGAGAUAUAGAGUACAUAAUAGAAGAGAAUGAGAGAGAUGACAUUACAAUUUUGCAGGCAGGACAACAAAUUGAAUUUAAAUGUAAUUCCGGAUUUCGUUUGGUCGGAGAAAAAUAUCUAACAUGUUUAGAAACUGGUAUAUGGAAUCAUGAUAAUCCAGUUUGCAUUCCUUACAGUUGUCCACCGCCGAUAAAGAUAGAGCAUGGUUACAUGAAAGUAAUUACUAAUGGAAAUGAAAAAUCUUUUAGUUCUUCCAAAUUCAAAGAAAAUUCUACUAAUGACCCUUUUGCCAGAAACUACUUUUAUGGUGAUACUAUUGAAUAUUUUUGUGAUCCUGGUUAUAAAUUCGAAAACAAUAAUUCUUCUACAAUGUUUAUUCUGCAAUGUUCCAACAAUGGUUUGUGGUCUAGUUACUUUCCAAAUUGCACUCUUAUUAAAUGUCCUUGGCCAAACCCAGUAGAAGAAGGAAAGAUAUUUUUAAGUAUAAAAGGCAAUUUGACCUUGGAGAUUCCAACAGUUUCAGAAGGAUCAUAUUGGACACAACAUUUCAACGAUAAAGAAUUAAAAGAGAAUUUUGUUCUUAAUACAGAAAUUAUUGUUACUUGCAAUUCAGGAUAUACAUUAAUAGGUAAAAAUAGUAGAAUAUGUAGCAACGAAGGGAUUUGGAUUCCAGAUAAUCAGAUUUGUGAACCACGUAAAUGUUCAGUUUCUAAUCAUUUAGUUUCACGAUUUCUUAAUAUCAAUGCACUGAAUAAUGUGCAUAAUAAAAGUGAAAAAUACAAAGAAGAAAGUUAUAAAAAUAUGAACAAUUCUUAUGGAAAUAUUCACUUUUACAUUGAAGGAGAUAUUUAUAAUAAAAGGAUUCUUAUGACGUGUCAAAAUAAUAUGAGUCAUUCAAAUGCUUUUACUGGUGAUGACAAAUUAAAUAUUACAUGGAUUUGUAACGAAAGUAAUCAAUGGAAACUCGUGAAUUUUUUACAAUAUAAUAAUAAAUUUAUACAAAUACAUGAUUCGAAAAAUGAAACAUGCGAAGGAGUACUGUGUGCUACAUUCAUUAAUAUUACCAAUAUCAAUAUGAAUGAUUUAAAAAAUGCUAUUGAUAUCUUUACCUUUAGUUGUCAAAGAAACUAUGUUCUUGAAGGCACUGAAACAUUAACGUGUCAUUCAAAUGGCACAUGGUCUGCUAUGCCUUUGUGUAAACAUAUGACUUGUCGAAAUCCAAUAUUACCAUUUAAUACAGUAUUAAAACAAAAUGGAACUGAUUAUAAUGUUGAUGAUAUAAUUCAUUUUGAAUGUAUACCUGGAUAUCGAAUUUUUGGGCAAUCAACUGCAAAAUGUCUUUCUAAUGGAAAAUGGUCCAAAAUGCGCGGCAGGUGUUCUAAAAUAUCGUGCGGCAAACCUGUAGUACCACCUGGUAUAAUUGUUCAGGGGCCAUCUUAUUUAUUUCGAGAACAACUUGCUUAUAUUUGUCCUAAUGGUAAAAAGGUAGGUUCAAUUACUUGUAAAUCCGAUGGAAAAUGGAGCGAUCCUCCACAAUGUACUAACAAAUAAUUAUAGAAAAUAUAUUGCAAUAUAUAAUUAAAAUGCAAAUAAUAAUUAAAAAAUAUAUAAAAAUACGCACGAACACAUAAACGGUCGUAUAUAUUUUCAUAUCAUUUUAGCAAGAAUGUUUAAAUUCAUAUAAUUAUCAAAGUAAACAUAUAUACAUAUAUGUACAUAUACGCAUACGUGUAUAUAUUUAUUUGUGAGCUAAAUAACACUAAUGAUAAAUGAGUAUAAGUUCAUAUAAAAAUAUAUUAAAAGUAAGAAACUUUUUGUACAUUGCUGCAAAGCAAUUUAGAUAUCCAGUGUUAAAAAUAAAUUGUUUAUACAAAUUUGUCAAAACUAAUAUUUCGUUGUCUAUCAAAUAUAAGUAUUUACUAUUA